GUGCGUGUAUGAAGAUACUCGAGCUUGAUAGUAAAAAGGAUUUUGAUGCCAAGGUAGCUGUGAUCGAUUUUUGGACUAAGAAGAUCUUAAUCGCUAAUGUAAGACCUGAGUUCCUUACUGAGAUCCAAAAAUUCCCCUUUCCAAUCCAAAGACUUAUUGCAGAAGAAGCGUAUGCAGUUUCAAAAAAGGUGCAAGAAGGAAAAAAGAUGCCCAAUCUUAAAACAGCCGAAUGUUUUUGCAAAUUCUUUACCCAGUAUAUGUUACCUUGUCGCCAUAUCUUUCAUAAACAACUUUGUGGCGAUUCCAAUAUUCUUAUGUUGGAAAUGUGGUAUUACUUUCAAGGAACCUUUAAAGAAAGUGGUAUAGAAGUAUAUCAGUCACGUCAAUUGGUGGAAAUACUACUAAUUCAACGAUCAGAUGCUGAAAAAACAUAG